UCCGCAGCUUCGGAACCUGCCUGCUCUGCCGUUGCCCUUGCCACCGCCACCGCCACAGCCACCGCUAUUACCACCUCCGCCGCUGCCUCCUUGGCGCCGCCCUCCUCCGCGUCUGCCUCCAACUCCACUCACUUCACGCCCUCUGUCGCGUGUUUGGCAUCCUCCGCGGGCCUUGGGCGCAGGCAUGGCGGACAGCGGCGGCGGCGGGGGAACGGGCGCGGUGGGCGGCGGCGGAGCAGGCCAGGCCUCUACCGGGGCCGCGACGGGUGCGUCGGGGGCCGGCGGGAGCGGCGGCCCCAUCAACCCGGCCUCGUUGCCUCCCGGGGACCCGCAGCUCAUCGCCCUCAUUGUGGAGCAGCUCAAGAGCCGAGGUCUGUUUGACAGCUUCCGCCGGGACUGCCUGGCCGACGUGGACACCAAGCCAGCCUACCAAAACCUGAGGCAGAAAGUGGAUAACUUCGUGUCCACGCAUCUGGAUAAGCAAGAGUGGAAUCCUACAAUGAACAAGAACCAGUUGCGGAAUGGCCUGAGGCAGAGCGUGGUUCAGUCAGGGAUGUUGGAAGCUGGGGUAGACAGGAUUAUUUCUCAGGUGGUGGAUCCAAAACUAAACCACAUCUUCAGACCCCAGAUUGAACGAGCGAUACAUGAGUUCUUGGCGGCCCAGAAGAAAGAAGCGGUGCCGGCGCCCCCUCCAGAGCCUGAGAGCCAGGAGCCUCCAGCUCCAAACCAGGAUGCCUCCUAAGAAUGUGCCUGACACCUUUUGAAAACUCCAUUUAAUUCUGGUGAAGGAGUGGAUUCAGUUACGUAAAAGAACAACUUCCAAAUGGAGAUGGGCCACACUCACCACUGAUCUCCGGAUUUCAGCCUUGACUGGGGCAGCGUCCGGAUGGAAGAGGGAGCUGUCGGGCAGUCGGGGAGUUGACUGUGUGCCCCUGCAUUGUGCUGCCACUGGCCUGGCUGUACACGACUCUGACACACAGGAGACACUACAGAGAUGCAGAGAAACACUACAGCAACCUCAGUUGCCCUGAAGCAAACUCACAUACUUGAACAUGGAGACUGCGUGGCUUUUAGGGUUUGCACUCUGGGAUACACAAAAGCUACAGUGAGUGAAUAUGUCUCAAAGAUAACGUCAAAGGCUAAUGGCAGUGCAGGUUACCUGGGAGCAGGUAUUUGGUGGUGCUUACUUGGUGUCUGAGUUGCAAACUAGAAUGCACAAAUCAUUAGCACCAAAUAGCUUUAAAGUUAUCGUGACGUGUCAGUCUUCUAGCCAGUUUCCUUUGCCUAUACAAGAUGACAACGUGGAAUCCUGGAAUGUGUGCAGAAGCCCAGACGGGGUGGGGGAACCGGUUGCAAGCUCCGCCCAGGGCAUCUUCCUGGCCUACAGGGCCUGGUGUGUCUUGGGUGUUUAUCUUAUUCUCACAGUUGUUUUUUAGAAAACUGAAUGAUCCAUAAGUGGUACAAGUUUUAUAAUAAAAUCAUUUGCUACUUUAA